AAUAGGAGUCAGCGGAGUGAAUGUGUGUUUUUUUUUUCUCUGGUGUGCGCUUCAGUCAAGGGGAAGGCAGAGGGAACAGGGAGGCUCUUCGGAGGAGACAUGUAAGAUGGCAGAGCUACAAAUGUUGUUAGAGGAAGAGAUUCCAGCCGGUAAACGGGCGCUAGUGGAGAGUUACCAGAACCUUACCAGAGUAGCGGACUACUGCGAGAACAACUAUGUCCAGGCCCAGGACAAGAGGAAAGCUCUGGAGGAGACCAAAGCCUACACCACUCAGUCCCUGGCCAGCGUAGCCUACCAGAUCAAUGCCUUAGCCAACAAUGUACUGCAGCUGCUGGACAUCCAGGCAUCACAGCUGCGGCGCAUGGAGUCCUCCAUCAACCACAUUUCUCAGACUGUGGACAUCCACAAAGAGAAGGUGGCCAGGAGGGAGAUCGGGAUCCUGACCACGAACAAGAACACGGCGAGGACCCAUAAGAUUAUAGCACCGGCCAAUAUGGAGCGACCUGUCAGGUACAUCAGGAAGCCCAUUGACUACACUGUGUUGGACGAUGUGGGUGGGGGUGUCAAGUGGUUAAAAGCCAAGCAACAUGGAAACAAUCAGUCAAUCAGAGGAGGAACAUUAUCGAGGACCAAUCCACCAACACAGAAGCCACCCAGCCCUCCGAUGUCAGGGCGUGGUACCCUUGGACGCAACACUUCCUAUAAGACCCUGGAGCCGGUGAAGCCGCCCACAGUGCCCAAUGACUACAUGACCAGCCCCGCCCGAUUAGGCAGCCAUCACGGGCAGCACAACAGCCCCGGACGUACAGCGUCGCUCAACCAAAGGCAACGCACACACAGCGGCAGCAGCGGGGGGAGCAGCAGCAGGGAGAACAGCGGCAGCAGUGGAAUUGGCAUUCCUAUCGCGGUGCCUACUCCCUCCAUUCCUCCAUCUGGACCAGCUCCACCCAUGUUGGCUCCCCCGGGAGUCCCCCCUCCACCCCCUCCUUUACCUCCACCCGCUCCUCCCAUGCCCGGCUUUGGUCCCCCAGGAGGUCCUCCGCCAACUCCACCUCCACCCCCACCACCCAUAGCUGUGGCCCCUGGGCCGGGUCUGGGCCCCGCUCCAAUGUCCCAGUUUGGAACCAUCUCACGGCAGAUUUCGCGGCACAAUCCCUCCAACUCUUCUGUCUCUAUGGUUUCGGCCACGGGCACCUACCGUCGGGCGCCAUCGGUCACUUCCCAGUUCUCCUUGCAGCAGCAGCAGCAGCAACUACAGCAGCAACAGCAGCAGCAGCAACAACUGCAGCAACAACUGCAGCAGCAGCAGCAGCAGCAGCCUCACAUUAAUGGAGGCACUCCUGGCUACGGCCAGAACUCAAUGUCUAUUGCUCCCCCUCCUCCUCCCAUGCCCCAGCUGACUCCACAGAUACCUCUGACUGGCUUUGUGGCCAGGAUGCAGGAGAGCAUUGCAGAUACUCCCACUCCACCUCCUCCUCCUCCACCGGACGACCUGCCCAUGUUCGAUGACUCUCCUCCUCCACCGCCGCCUCCCCCUGUGGACUAUGAGGAGGAGGAUGCUGCGGUUGUUCAGUACAGUGACCCAUACGCCGACGGUGACCCACAGUGGGCCCCCAACAACUACAUCGAGAAAGUGGUGGCCAUUUAUGACUAUGCCAAGGACAAAGAAGACGAGUUGAGCUUCAUGGAGGGAGCCAUCAUUUACGUCGUCAAGAAGAAUGACGACGGUUGGUUCGAGGGCGUCUGCAAUGGCGUCACCGGGCUCUUCCCCGGGAACUACGUGGAGAGCAUCAUGCACUACGCCGACUGAAGGGCGGCGGCCGCCACCUCCAACCGUAAAGUCUAUUUAUUCAGUCUUAUCCUAAUCCACAGACACAGACACUGCAGCAGCAGGAGUCCUGAGAGGAGGCUUAGGCAAAACUUUGUGAAACUUUUGAUAUGACAGAACCCGCCCUCAAUUUAUUGCAGAUAAAAUUCAAAGUAAUAUCUACUUAGAUUAUUUUGGUGUUAUAUGAGCGGGUGGGGGGCAUUUAUGGAUUGUGUAUUGGAAAAAAAAGAGAGAGGACUCUAUAAGCAAACAAGACGUUAACUGUCCUGUCCGCUGUACGUAACACUAGUAGUGCAGCCAAUCGGGUUUCUGUAACGUUACCUCGAAGCCUGACAGUAAUGACGUUUUUUUAUUCUGUAAAUGCUUUCCAACUUUAAGACAACGAUAAACUCCCUGAAGAUCAGUCUUGGCGUUAGAGCAUGCAAAAUUUUUAAUGAUAUAAUGUAAUUUAAGUUUAUUACCAUUAUGUUUUCAUUAUUUUGUAAGUGUAUUCACCUUAUUUUAUUUUAUUCCACUGUUGUAGCCACUGAACUUUUUUAUUUUAUUUUUUUCUUUCCCAUUGGGGUGGAUUUUUACAUGCUGAUUUGGAUUUAAAGGCUGAGCUACACUAUGAAACUUUUCAUGAAGUGAUUGAAAAAAGUUUUUUUUGACAAAUGUGCAUAACUCGACGUCAUCUUUUUACAGUAGCAUGUCGUUACGAGAGGCAGCCACUAGAUGGCAGCAAAGAACCUAGAGCUUGUUAAAGUUGUUAGCAUGACAUCUGUCAUAAUUUUCAUUUUUAAUAGUGACUUAAUUCAGACACUGCAGCUGAGUUCAUCCUCUGCAGUUUAUGACAAAAAGGACAAACUGUUAAAGUGUAUGUUUUUACUAACAUGGAAAAAUCCUGAAAGUCUGUUUAAAGCUACAGAGUUAGCUGCAGAGCCUAGCUUCUUUUAUCAGAACAGUAUGAGUGUUUACUAUUUUUAGACAUGAAAAGUUGCAUAGUGUUGAUUCAAGAUCCCCAAAAAACAAAGCUGAAGUGGUAAAAAAAUUAGACCUGUCUGUAAAUCAAGAGAACUCAUUUUCCUGACCUUUGACUUUUCCAGAUGAGGUCUAAUCACUGACCAGCUUCAGUGACAACAUGGUGUGUGUGCAGUGAGAGUCUGGAAGGAUCUUGUCGUACCUAACACUGCCAUGAGACAAUUCAGACGUAACACAUUUGACCAGUACACAACUCUAAUACCUCCUCAGUCUUUUCAAACCAACAGCGUUCUGCUCUGAGCUUGAGGACCAUGCUGAUUGAUGUGAACUAAAAAAAAAUCUUCAGGUGUACAUAUUGAACUCCGGUCAAAUCAGCCAGUCGAUAACGUCCACUCAGGUCUCCGUCACAUUGUGCAUCUGUUCACAUUUACUCAUCAACUCGUCUAACAGAAUCUUUUCUUUUGAAGGUUUACCUGCUGUGGUCACAGUUCAGGGUUCUGCAGCGAACGACUUCAACACGUUUUGCCCUUUUGCUUUAGUUUUUUCCAAUUAAACGUUAAAAAAAAAAGGUUGACGUUCAUAUAUAGAAAUAUUACAAUCUAUGUCUGCCCUUCAUUUGUACAGAUAAAUUGUUGAUUGAGAAAUUAAUGUACAGUCUUUUAUAAUAAACAAUUCUAUGUACAACCUC